AUGAUAAAGAUUAUUGAUAUUAUUCUGGCCGUAUCAAUUUUGUUAAGUGCAAUUUCUGGCACUUUGUCAUAUUCUUCCGGAAGUAAAGUUUGUUCAGUUGACCAGAAAACUCUUGAAGGUGUUUCAAAUCAACCUAUGGGAAAAUCAGUUAAUACCUUGGGAUAUUCUUUUUCUAAGAACUUAAAGUAUAAAGCUAGUGGCGAUUCUUUAAAUAUUAAAAUUCAAGGAAGUGAGGAAUUUAAUGGAUUGUUAAUAUGGGCUUUAGAUAGUGAUGGCAAGAAUCAAGGAACAUUUGAACUUCCAUCGGGCGAUUAUAAAUUUGUAACUGGUUGUGAUAGUGUUGUGACACAUUCAAACCCCGGAACAAAGGGAAAAUCUGUAACUAUUAAAUGGACUCCUCCAAAAAAAGAUGUUGGUGAUAUCACGAUUAAUGCAGCAAUAGUCGUUACGUUUAAAGGUUUCGAAAUUAUCAAAACUACUGUUAAAUCAUCAUCAUCUAAAUCGACUUCUAAAGCGAAAUCCACUACGAGUAAAUCACCUAGUUCAGCUGCACCAACUCUAACUGCAAAUAUUUCGCCAAGUAUAACAAGUUCACCGAGUGUUACUAAAAGUGAUAAUUCUCAAUUAUCAGCUUCACCUUUGUUAUUACUAUUACUAUUAAUUUUGACUACUUUAAUUUCUAUAAAUUUUUAA